CGCGGCGGCGGCCGGCGGCGGCGGGUCCGUCCGUGUCCCGGGGGCGGCGGGUGGGGCCGCGCGGACCGGACCGGCCCCGGGUCCCGCCCCGCGCCAUGGACCGCGCCGGCCGCCCCCGGGCGGCCGCCCCCGGCAGCGCUGAGGUGCCGGAGCCGCCGGCCAUGGACACGGAGGAGGGGCCCGCGGCGCGGACCGGCGGCCCGGAGCGGAGCGCGGGGAGCGGGCGGCCGCAGGAGCCCCCCUUCGGCACCCCGGCCCCUGGCUGCGGCUCCGGGCAGGACCUGCCCAGCCGCGGGAGCCAGCGUGGCCCGGGCCCUGCCCCGGUCUCUGAGGACGAGGAGGGAGAGAGCGCUGAGCCGCGGGGCCCCGGCAGCUGGGAACUGGGUGCCGGGAGCGCCCCCGCGGCCACGGGACACCUGCAGGCCCCCGGCAGCAGCGACGCCGCGGGCAUGGAGCUGGACGAGGCUGCGGAGGACGAACUCCCGGAGGUCCAGGCUCUGCUGCUGCAGCUCGAAACCCUCGAUCCCAACCUCCGCGACCGCCCCCCCGGCUCUGAGCAGGGCCCGGGCGCUGGCACCGCCCCUCUGGCGGGGAGACGGGCCCGCUGGGGCCGCCGGCAGUGCCAGGGCCGGUGCCGGCCGUGCCCGCUGCACGUGGCCACGGGCCGGGGCCUGGACACCCGGCGCUGCUGUGCGCAGCACCCCGCCUGCUCCCGGCCCUGCCACGGGCUGCUCUUCGCCGAGGCCGAGCGGGAGGACUUGCUGAGCCUCCUGUGCUACGAGGGGGGGCUGCCCGAGCCCGGCGGCACGACACCCUUGGCCUGCUCCAGUGUCCUGUGUGGGACCAGCCUGGAGGCGCUGCGGGCUCAGGAGGAACCGGCCGCUGUGGGGAGGCUGGAGGAAGGAGCGGCUGGCAGCGGGUGUUGUGGAGAGGGGCGGUGUGAGGUUGGCUCCAGCAGUGAGGGCCCUCGGGACUGCUCCCCAGAGCCAGCCUGGGUGUCCCUGUCGCCCGGCCCGGCCCCGGAGGAGGAGGAGCAGCCGCCUGCGGGCAGUGUGACUAACAGGGAACCUUCAUCCUCCUGCCUGACCUUCAAAGAGGUUCCAGGCCCCUGUGACCCAGAGGAUCUGCUGGACGGUGUGGUUUUCGGAGCCAAGUACCUGGGUUCCACGCAGCUGAUCUCGGAGCGGAACCCCCCGACCAGCGUCCGCAUGGCACAAGCCCAGGAGGCAGUGGACAGGAUCAAGGCCCCAGAGGGGGAGUCCCAGCCCAUGACAGAGGUGGAUCUGUUUGUCUCCACGCAGAGGAUCAAGGUGCUCACCGCUGACACACAGGAGGCCAUGAUGGAUCACUCCCUGCAGACCAUCUCCUACAUCGCUGACAUCGGCUCCCUCGUGGUGCUCAUGGCGCGACGGAAGCUGCCGCGGCAGGCGCAGGGCACGGGGGAGAAGCGGCUCUAUACCAUGAUCUGCCACGUCUUCCACUCGGCCGAUGCCCAGGUCAUUGCUCAGGCCAUUGGGCAGGCGUUCGGUGUCGCCUACCAGCGCUUCCUGGAGGCCAACAGCAUCGACCCGAGCGAGCUGAGCCCUCGCCAGUACAGCCGUGCCCUGGAGGACCAGGAGCAAUACAAUGCAGAGCUGAGUCACUUCUCCCGGCAAGAGAACUGCAAGGAUGUCUGUAUCCAGAAGCAGAAGGGGGAGAUCCUGGGCAUUGCCAUUGUGGAGUCGGGCUGGGGCUCCAUCCUGCCCACGGUGGUCAUCGCCAACCUGAUGCACGGGGGCCCCGCGGAGAGGUCGGGUGAGCUGAGCAUCGGGGACCGCCUCAUGUGCGUCAACGGGAUGAGCCUGGUGGGGCUGCCCCUCGCCACGUGCCAGAGCAUCAUCCGGGAGCUGAAGCACCAGACAGAGGUGACACUGAACAUUGUGCACUGUCCCCCCGUCACCACGGCCGUCAUCCGGCGCCCCGACUCCAAGUACCAGCUGGGCUUCUGUGUUGAGAACGGCGUGAUCUGCAGCCUGAUGCGUGGGGGCAUCGCAGAGAGAGGCGGCAUCCGCGUGGGGCACCGCAUCAUUGAGAUCAACGGGCAGAGCGUGGUGGCAACACCACACGAGAAGAUCAUCCAGAUCCUCACGCAGGCUGUCAGCGAGGUCCAUAUCAAGACGAUGCCGGCCUCCACGUACCGCCUGCUGACGGGGCAGGAGCAGCCCGUCUUCCUCUGAGCACCAGCCUGGCUGUUGCUGCACGUGCCUGGGACUGCAAGGAUGGGACAGGCUCUGCUUCCUGCCCCAGCACACUCAACAGAGCCCUCUGGUCCCCGGCAGGGUCUAAUCCUGCACCUCCUCAGCUUUACUCAGGACACAGUGGGAGGCUCCGGGGACCUGAGCAUUGUCAGGGCCGGUGGUGCCACAGUUUGGGCACCUCCUCCCCACCUCCCAGUGCCUGUUCUGCCGCUUCACCGUGUCCCUCAGCUUGGCCUGGUGCUGGCAGGAGGAGAGGGGACCCUGCAUGAAAGGUGUCACCCCAUCUGCUCACCACCGAUAGUGCUUUUACACUCACCAGUGGUGCCUUUCCCCAUGUGGGGCUGGUGCUAGAAGCACAACUGCAGGGCUCACCUGCGUGUGGGUGCACGUUGGCACCCCAAGGGAGACCCAGCAGCACCCCUGGCACCCACUCCUUCUUCCUGGCUUUGCUGGGAACCUGGGGGGUGCAGCCGGUUGCACCAAGCUGGGAACCUACCUCUGCCUUUUCCUGGUGGUGCCUGCAGCCACGCCGCAUGUACAGCGCUGGGUCACAGCCCUCAGCGUGGAGAGAGGGAACCCAGGACACAGCACUGCCCAGGCCCACAUCCUGCUGGGAAGCCUGGGAUCAUGAGCCCAAGGAUCACCCCUGGUGCUGUGUUUUCACCCCACGGCCAAGGUGGUGCUGACCUGGGGGCUUGGCUGAUGUUAAAAUAAACGUUGUAGGGAACAUGG